AUAGAUAAUUAUGACAUUCAGUAUAGAUACUAUCUUUGACUAUGCAGGAUUAAAUUCAAUAAUAAUAUUGUUUCUUGUACUCGGCUUUUUUGGACGGAAUAGAGAAUAUUACAGUUUAACUCUUAAGACAUUAUGUGCAAUAGUAGUGAUAUUUUCUAUAGUGAAUUAUUAUUAUAAGCGACCUAGUAAAGGUUUAUGGACUAAUAUAGAAGAAGAAGAUAUUGCUUUAAUUACAGGAGGAUCUAAUGGAUUAGGAUCCGAUAUUGUUAAACAACUUUUAACAACAAAAAUUUCAAAAAUAAUUAUUGUUGAUAUAGUGGAACCUAAAAUAAACCUGGAAAGAAUACACUAUGUUUCAUGUGACUUGUCUGAUGAUAAAGUAGUUUUAGAGACUUUCCAAUAUAUAGUUAAACAAUUAAAUCAUAAAGGACAGCAUAUCAGUAUAUUAAUUAAUAAUGCUGGUAUAAGACAUAAUAAAUCAUUAUUGACACUUGAACAAGAUGAGAUACUAAAAUUAUUCAAUGUUAAUACUUUAUCACCAAUUCAUAUUCUUAAAAGUAUUAUCUCUAAUCAUAUUAAAAAUUAUCAAUCUAAAAAAUUAUAUAUUGUUACUAUAUCAUCAAUUCUUGGAGUAUUAGCUCCUAAGAAUUUAUCAAUUUAUUCAGCUACUAAGGCUUCAAUGUAUCUGAUUCAUGAAUCUUUAGUAGAAGAAUUAUCUGAAUAUUCUAAAAUUCGGAUGUUAUUAGUAACUCCUGGACAAUUAAAUACUGAUAUGUUUAAGGAUGUUAAACCUCCAAUGCCAUUUCUUGCACCAUUAGUUGAAUCUAAACAAUUAGCAACUAAAAUAGUUCAUAAGAUUAAUUAUGGAGAAAUUGGAGUAAUUGCAAGUCCAUUGUAUGCUAAUUUUUUACCUGCAAUUAGAGCUUUACCGUACAGUUUACAAAAGUUAGCAAGAUACCUUUCUCGAAUGGAUACAAAAGUCAUAGACAAGUCAACAUGCAAAGAUAUUUAUUAG